AUGGCCUUCCUGGACGCCUAUGAGAUAUAUCCGCCCUGGAACUGGGAUUGGCGUGAUUUUACGAUUCCUUCACCGGAAGGAAACUACUCCGUAGUUGGACCGGUAAAAGAUCAGGGCGUCUGCGGCUCAUGCUUCAUUUUUGGACCCGUCGCCACAAUGGAGUCCGCUUUCAUGCUCUCCCUACAGAAUGACCGCCUCAAUCAGACGCUCUUCAGCGAACAGUCAGCCAAAAAGUUUGCCUCCAUCUGGCCACACACACAAAAUCCUCACCUUCAGGAGACCUUUCUGGUGAUCAACUCAAAGAACUUCACCAUCAUCGCCGCCGAUCCUAGCUGCGACCUGAUAAAGGAGGCAAUUAAACGUUACGAGGAUCGCCUUUUUGUCCAGGACUGCCACAAGUUGAAUCCAAACUUUAAAGGAAAACCCUUCUACUCCCACGCUCUAAAUCACGCCAUAGAGAAGGACUUUGCUGGAGAGCUAAAAAAUCUGACCAUCAAGUUCAAUGGAAAGUGUGAACACCUUCCUCACAUGAACAUGAUGGAAAAGUACUCUCUGGUAAUUGACGCCCACCAUGGCGCCCAAAUUGUGGGUGAAUCAGUUUGGGGCGCCCUGCGCGGCCUGGAGACCUUCUCGCAAAUGGUCGUCAACAGCGGCCUAAAUGAAUUCAUUAUUAAUACUGGAAAGUUGGAAGACUGGCCGAGGUUUUCGCAUCGAGGAUUUUUGGUCGACACCGCCCGUCACUUUCAGCCCCUUCACCUUCUCCUUCAAACGCUUGAUGCAAUGGAAAUGAACAAACUAAACGUCUUUCACUGGCACAUCGUCGACGACCAGGCGUUUCCCUUCGAGUCGACGACCUUCCCCGACCUCUCAAAGAAAGGAGCUUACAACCCAACAAUGGUCUACUCCAAGGCCGACGUCGACCACCUGUUGGAGUACGCCCGACUUCGAGGCAUUCGAGUUCUGGUGGAAUUUGACUCUCCCGGCCACACCCAAUCCUGGGGCCCUGGUGAACCGUCGGGAAGCCUACUGACCCCAUGCUUUGAUAAGGAGGGAAAGGAGCACGGUCACGGGCCAAUUGACCCAACUGUGGAAUCAAACUACGAUUUUAUCAAGAAACUUUUCACCGAGGUCAGUCACCGCUUCCCUGACCAGUAUCUUCAUUUAGGAGGUGAUGAAGUGAGCUUCGACUGCUGGAAAUCGAACCCAAAUAUCACCGCCUUCAUGACCGCCCACCGAAUGGUUGGGAACUACUCCCAGCUAGAAUCGCUCUACAUUCAAAAAGUCCUCGACAUCGUUUCCGGUCUCCGGAAGUCGUACAUCGUCUGGCAGGAAGUGCUCGACAAUAAGGCCGCCCUGAAGCCUGACACCGUCGUUCACGUUUGGAUCCAGGACACCUGGCAGAAGGAGAUUGCCCGGGCCACCGCUUCCGGUUACCGGACCCUCCUCUCCGCCCCCUGGUACCUCGACUGGGUCAGCUGGGGCCAGGACUGGGUCCGCUACUAUGAGACUGAUCCGCUCGGCUUCAAUGGAACUGAAGCGCAGAAGGCGCUGGUCCUCGGCGGAGAGGCCUGUCUUUGGGCAGAGUACGUCGAUGGGUCAAACCUGAUUUCCAAAAGUUGGCCCCGGGCGUCGGCCAUUGCCGAGCGGCUUUGGAGUUCUUCAACGCACAAAAAAGCUUCCGAGGCGAGGGGGCGUUUUCAUGGCCAAUUUUGCCGCAUGCAGCGGCUGGGCAUUCGUGGUGGACCGAUUGAUGGACCGGGCUUCUGUCUCUGUGAUGGGGCGUUGUAA